GUGAAAGUGGCAGCUUAAAGCAUGUUGCCACCUGUGAAAAAGGACCGGAUCAUUACUCAGCUCCCAAAGUGUUUUAGUCCAAAUGCAGCGCUGCACACCAAAGAUGGCUUCCACCCGCAGGUGAAGGCUGUGUGCCAAGUACAGAAGACGGGUACAGUGAGCUUCAAUAUCGCCAAGGUCAUUGUGGUGGGAGAUGUUUCAGUUGGCAAAACGUGUCUGAUCAGCAGGUUCCGUAAGGGUGCGUUUGAUAAGAACUACAAAGCAACCAUAGGGGUGGAUUUUGAGAUGGAGCGUUUCGAGGUGCUCGGUGUUCCCUUCAGUUUACAGCUGUGGGACACAGCAGGUCAGGAGCGCUUCAAAUGCAUCGCUUCAACAUAUUACAGAGGAGCACAAGCCAUUAUAGUGGUGUUUGACUUAAGCAGUGUGAGCUCUUUAACACAUGCCAGGCAGUGGCUGGAGGACGCCAUGAAGGAAAAUGACCCAUCCAGUGUUUUACUUUUCCUUGUUGGUACCAAGAAGGACCUCAGUUCUCCAGACCAGUUGUCUCAGAUUGAGCAGGAAGCCAUCAGACUGUCAGAGGAAAUCAAAGCAGAGUACUGGGCUGUGUCUGCGAAGUCAGGAGAUGGUGUCAGAGAUUUCUUCUUCCGUCUGGCCUCUCUGACUUUUGAGGCCAACGUUUUGUCUGAGCUCGAGAAAAGUGGCUCGAGGCACGUUGGUGACAUUAUCAGGCUCACGGACAGCUCAGAGGCAGAUCACAAACCCACCAAGAGGAAGCCCAACUGCUGCUUAUGAGAGAGAAAUGAUCGACCUGGACCCCGGCCUGGAUCCAUUGUACUGACUACACGGCGACGGCACACUGAAGGAGAAGAUACUGAAAUAUGGACUCAGCCUGCUCAAUGUGGAUAGACCUCCUUAAAAGCGAUUUCAACUAAAUGCUUAUUUGUGGUGUUCUGCAGAUGGCCUGAGGUGAAGUUGAAGGUUUGACAUGACGGAGUUAAGGCUGUAAACAACAAUAGUCAGUCAGCAGAAUGAGCAGCUCAGCGUCUUCUCAGGAAUGUUUGUACUGCUGGCCGGAGUCACAACAAAUAAAGCUUUGUGAUGUGCUCGGUGAGCGUUUCU